AUGAGGCUUAACAAAGGGAGUGAGGAAGAAAGAAUUAUGAAGAAGAAUGUUGGUAAAGCUCUUAAAUCCACCACUAAUGAAGAUAGUGAAUCAAGUGAAGAGGUGGAUGAAGACAAAGAGAUGGAGAUGUUUGCUAGAAGAUCCAAAAGAUUCAAGAGCUCUAACAAAGGAAGAGAAUUUCAAAAGAAGGAAGGACUCAAGCUUGAAUCUAUCAAGGAGAAAGAUCCCAUUAUUUGCUAUGAGUGCAAGAAACCGGGGCACAUCAAGUAUGAUUGUCCUCAACUUAAAAAGAAGGGGUCUAGCAAACAAAAGACCUAUGUUGCUGCUUAG